CACUCACUUUGUCCGUGCAAAGUUCCACAUCUGUACACCGGGUAAAUAAAAUAACACCAAGUACACCGUCGAAAUAAACGACAAUACUUCAAUUGAAUUUUCAAAAAAAUUGAUCGCGUGAGAAAUUUUUCAAUUAACCCCUGAAGAUUGAUAGACCGUAAUUCACCGAUUUUCAACGGUUUCGACAGUUUAACGGUUUUAACAAUUGCCAUGAUUCAGUAAAAACAAUAAUUUUAUAAAUUUGUUGGGGAUAAUGGAAUUGCAUUAGUUUAUCUUUUCUCCGAGUUUCAAUGGAAUUAUGGUAUUAUAAUGUCUGAUAUCAAUGAAUAUUGCUCCGUAAUGAUGUCUGUGUGUAUAUCGCGUGACAUUGUCGCGUGGUGUAAGCGACGUUUGUGCAAGGAAGCCUCUAGGUAUUGAGACAGAUUUACGUAUGCUGAAUCUCUGGUGGAUAUCUUGCGGUGAUACCAAGUGUUUACUGUGUAUUUGUGCGCGAGUGUAUCGAAACGCUGGGCGACAUAUAGUGUCAACAAGAAGGAAUAAAUCUCAAGUGAAUCAUUGUUACGUUCACAAAGGGACUUAUUAUUUUUAACAAUAAAAAAUGUUGUUUACUAUUGUACUUUGGCUUCUGAUGAUUGAGACGCGUGGUGCACAAGGUUUGAUGUAUCGCGAUCGACGGACAAUAUACGGACAGAAUAGCAACAGCAGCGAAUUGCCGACGUACGAGACAUGCGUAACAAGAAACGUAACCACAGCCAUUGGACAAACGGCAUUUUUACAUUGUCGUGUUUAUAACCGGGGUGACAAAGAGGUAUCCUGGAUGCGAAAGCGAGACAUGCAUAUAUUAAGUGCUGGUAUAUCAACGUAUACAACGGAUUUACGAUUUCAAGUUAUUCAUCCGGACAGAUCUGAGAAUUGGACAUUGCAGAUAAAGUCACCCCAGCCAAGGGAUUCGGGUACGUACGAGUGCCAGAUCAGCACUGAGCCGAAGAUGUCGCUCAACUAUACACUCAACGUGGUUGAGGCAAAAGCAAGAAUUGAGGGCCCAUCCGACAAGUAUGUGAAGACAGGCAGUGAACUGACUCUGACGUGUGUGAUGUCUCAAGGACCACAUGACUUGGGUACUGUGGCGUGGUACCGUGAUAAUCAACCGGUAGUGACAUCACCUAGAAACGAGAACGAUGUGGAUGCUGAGCCACGGAUCAAUGUGGAAACUGUGUGGAGCGAUGCCCUCACCUCCAGACUAAAAAUUAUCUACGCCAAACCCAGUGACUCCGGUAAUUACAGUUGUGUGCCAACUGUCGCUGAGAGAGCGAGUAUCAAUGUACACGUUAUCAAUGGUGAACAUCCUGCGGCAAUGCAGCACGGGAAUACGGCUGUCAGUAAACCAGCUCCCUAUCUUCUCCUUGCCCUGAUUCUGUGCCAAUUCAGAUAAUAUGAUGCGCCGUGAUUACUAUACACACGAAAAAAAAAAAAUGGUAAAAAUUAGUGUCUAUGUGAAAAUGCACCAAAAAGCAGGUGCGUAAGACGGAUAAAAAAUAUUUAGGGAUGCAUUGUGAGAGGAGAAAAUCUAUCCGUGUGAUUGUUACGUCAGUUUUUGUGUAUAUUCCCACUACAUAGAUGUAACGAGGGAAAUCAAAAAAAAAUAUUGAUUUUUAUUGAUUCAAGUUGAGAUAUUGAUGAGAAUUUCCCAUUGCUCAAACAUCGCGAAGAUAUUUUUCAGCGAGUGUCUCACUGCGGAUCAAUUAAACAUAAUGAUUCAAAGAAUAUUGUGAGAGCUAACAAUAAGAAGAGAAACGAUGAGCAAAGCGUAUCGCAAAUAUACUUCAAGACCCUCACUUCUUUCUAGCGUUAUUUGUCAACAAUUAAAAUUGCGUUAGGGAAUGCUCCGGUGUUUUCUCCGUGUUUUAUCCCUGUGGAUGUUGAAAGGAGGCAAAAGGUGGAAACUAUCAAAUGUGAUAGAAGACAGAUUGAGAUGUCGACUAAAUAAAUAAGGGUGGAGGAGAAAAAAUGAAUAAAAAAGAGUGAGAGGAAAUAACAAUAUUGUUCGUAGAUAACGAUGCGCCACCUCAAUGAUCUUUCAAGAUCUACACCGAGUCAUCAACUACGAAUUUUCCUUCCUGCAACCAACGCCUUUUAAUCCAGUGGAAAAUUCUCUCCGUACCAUUUUUCGUAUUAUUCCAACUCCUUCAUUCUCCUCUCCAUCCUUUACCAUCUCAAGUCUAUUGUCCAACUUCUCUUCAGCACCUUUGGAAUCCUCGAUAACUUCCAAAGGAGCGAAAGUCUCGUUAUUAUGCCUGGGAGUUGAAAUUAAAAAAAAAUGAUAAUACGGAGGGCGUCGAGUUGUGUUUCAUUCUCCUGAAUAGAAAUCUGAGAAUAAUCACAAGUUUUUACCUGUUUCCCCUCUAUCCUACCCCUUCUCCUCCAUGACCAUAGAAUCGCACAGUGUUAAAUGUCAAAUAAGUGUCAUGUUAUAGGAGAAAAUAACGAGAAAAUUUGAAAGAAAAAAAGAAUGCUAAUGAAACAGAUGUUCUCACCGUGGAAAUUUAUUUCUAUGUGAUUUUAAUUAUCAAGAAGAAAAAUAAAAACCCUUUACAUAUAUAAGAGAUUACCUAAGAGUAAGACACUAAAUAUUGACUAUAUGAAAAUGGUAGGAAGUAAGCAAUGGGAAUCACAGUGGUAUGACUUUAAGAAAAAAAUAUUUCAAGAAUAAUUGAAAAAAAAAGAGAUAAAAAUAAAAUUGCCCUGUUUUUUUUGUAUGGCAAAUAUUUGCCCGGCUGUGUUCCAAUUUUCACUUUAUUUUUCAUGUGCAUAU